AUGCCGCGCUCGGCGGUGCCCCCCCCCGGUGCCGCCCCCCGGCCCGAGCCCCGCAAAGUUUCUCUGGGAGCAGCGGGCGCCGGCGGCGGCCAGAGGCACGGAGCGCCCGGUGCCUGUGUGCGAGCGCGGCGGCGCGGCGGCCAAGGGCUGCCGACAUCAAAGCGGCCGCCGGGUGAUUGGCAGCGCCGGGGAGGGGCCGGGGGCGGGCGCGCACACGCACACACCCGCGCGCACACGUACCCGCGCGCGCACAGCCGAGCGUGCACCCCGCGCGCGCGGUCGGAGCGGGGUGUCCGCCUUAAAGGGAUGAUCCUCUUGUUUUGCAUGUGAAAAAAAUCGUCUGAGAUUUACAGCCCUCCCAAACGGAGAUAAAGCCUUGGCAAUGAGUUGGAAACCUGUUGUAAUCUGUGAUCCAGGAAACAAAGAGCCUCAUUAAUGCAGAGACUUUGGUGAGCCUUUGAUGUUAGCUAGCAUAGCAUUCACUCUCGGUUCCAUUUGCAUUUAAACAUUCAUAAAAACAUCAUCUCUGCUUCCUUUGCCUUAAGCAAUUUAGGAGUAAAGUAUAGCUUCUAUUUAAAGAAACCCACUGUGGUGAGGUUCAGAAUACAAAUAUCACAUAAUCUUCAAGCAGAGCAAAUAUUUUAUCCUACAUUUCUGGUGGGCACGUUUAAUAAUGCUACAUUUAAGACCCAAAAUAAAAGAUCUGUCUUAUUUUCAUUAACCUUACACCACACAUUCGAGAGAAAAGAGAAAAGGGGCCCGGUUCAUCCUAAAUAUGCUACAUGCCAGUUUGGGGAAGGAAGGGAAUGCGGAGGAUUUGACAUCAUUCACAGGAGCUGCAUUUUUACGGGCAGGAUGCCUCCAGCAAGGUGCCCAAAUCCCUGCUCAGACACACAGCGAUGGAAAUUUCAGAACAACUUUGUAUGGGUUUGAUUUUUUUUAACGCGUGCAGUUUUCUGAACUGUGGAAUCGUCGUCCUGGGUUAUAGCUAAAGUGAGAAUAAAAGCACAACGCUAAAAAAGUCA